AUGGAUAUAAUCGAUGUAAUUGCGCUGAUCAGAUGGACUUGCGCCGUGCAGCAGAAAUGUAUUAUUCAGGCUAUUCCGGGAAGAAUUAUCCGAAUGAACUGUACGAGUGGGCUCGCUAGGCUCGACGCUGGACAAUUGGAGCAGCUGAAGUGUUCCAUUAUUUUGCAAUUAAAUUUCACGUCUUUACCCGCUGCUGUCUCAAUCAUUUGGGCACUCAGAAUUAUCCGAAUGAAUUGUACGAGUGGGCUCGCUAGGAUCGACCCUGGACAAUUGGAGCAGCUGAAGUGUUCCAUUAUUUUGCAACUAAAUUUCACGUCUUUACCCGCUGCUGUCUCAAUCAUCUGGGCACUCAGGUACUUCCCCUUCAUACUGAAAAUGGCAGAAUUCACAGUUUUGUUUCGUUGCAAAAUACCAACGUUUGCAAAUCCGCAACUGAGAGAACAGUAA